GCCCCCUGUCGGCUGCUUGAGGCUGCGGCGCACCUCCCUGCAAGUGAUGGACUGAGGUCCCCGCGCUAAGUCCGUUUUGGCGAGAGUCAGAUCCGCUUCCAGUCGGGGCGUGGGAGCAGCGCGUGUCGCCCGGGGUCCGCCUCUCCCUCCCUCACUGUCUACCUGGUCAAGCUGCUGCUGUUGCAGCACCAUGCGGGAAGCAGACCGAGAGAAGCGCUAGCUCGUGGCUCGGGUUUCUCGCUCCAAGGUAGCGGCGCCGCGCUUUGGAGCCGGUCCGCACUGCAAUUCUUGUGUCUGUCUAUGGAAGUCCUCUUCCACUCCAGUUUCGGGUCGGAUUGGGGCUGCUGAGGGGAGGGAGGACCCCCCCCCCCGCCCCGAAACAAGCAAACCAACAAUCCGAGUCAUGGAGCGUGUCUUGGCUUUGCAACAUUUUCUUCUUCAGGACUAAUUCUGCAAAACGGAAGAGACGGGAAGAAGCUGCAACUCGUAGGCUGCCCAUCUGCAGAGAACACCUCGGCGCGUGGAGAGAGCCCGGCGGCGAGAGCCAGGAGUCUCUCUGACUCCCGGGAGGGAGUAGUUUUACUUUGCAAGACCUUCUGGUCCGCUUUCUUUUGUUUUCCUCCCGGGCCCCCCACCCCCUUCCUUGUCCUUUCCUGCUGCAAGCCGAGAAGCUUGCGAGUUGGGUUUCAUGGAGCUGGGAUUCCUUAUACUUGUUGGACUUACAGUUGCCUCGAGUACAGGCUUCUUGCUGCCCGUCUCUCAUUCUUUGCUGCCCCUGGGUGGCAGCAGCAGUGGGCUGAAGUUUCCGGGGCUCCAGCAGAGAGACGGUAGAGAAAACAAGGCAACGGCAGGGGGGCUGCUCUCUACCAGCAGCACCGGGGUGGAAAAAGUGGCUCACCCAGGAGAAGCACAUCACAGAGCCAAGCGCUGCACUUGCUACACCUACAAGGAUAAAGAAUGCGUUUAUUACUGCCACCUGGACAUCAUCUGGAUCAACACCCCAGAGAGGACUGUUCCGUAUGGGCUGACUAAUUACAGAAGCAGUUUCAGAGGCAAAAGGUCUACAGAACAACACCGCAAGAUCUUACAUUCAUCAAAAUGGCCUCCAUUUCGCUGCUCUUGUGCAGACAGAUGUGACAAGCAAUGCAUGCAUUUUUGCACAAGGACUCAGAGUCGCCAGUGUAGUAAGGAGCAACUGAACAAUACAGCAGAAAUGAAGCCACAUCGAGAAAAAGAACACAUUCUCGCUCAGUAGCCCAGGAUAAUUCAGCUGCUUCUAUGCGCAAAGGUACCAGUAAGUAGUGUGGAACCAGGAAGCUACUACCUAAGAUAUAAAACUUGCCCAAGGUGGGCAGAUUCUUAAAGGGAUUAUCUAACAGUAGAUGCUACCUUUUCCUGAACGCCAUCUUGAAGGCGGAGAAUUCUUUAUUCUGGAGAACACUGUGCUUCUUCCGCAGUGUUCUGUUGAGAGUCUUGCUUGUACAUCACAAGGAACAUGAUGACUUCCAUCUGUACCGGAAACGAACAACUUUGCCAAUUUAAAGUCCAAACACCGUCCACCCACAAGUUUAAGGGUCAAAACGCAAGAUAGGAAAAAAACACUGCUUCAGCUGCUUGCAUUCUACAUGUACGAGUUUGUGAAUGUCCAGAUUUCUGCAGAUGCUUGUCAUGGGAGCAAUUGGUACCUUAGAAAAAUACUUGUAUUCCAGGCCUUGACAAAAUUUCUUUGGAUCUAGGGGCCAACCCCCAAAUUUGGGAGACAGGCAAAAUUACUGACGUACAUUGUGGAGUGGGAGAGUAAAUAAUCUUCUCUUUAUCCCCUUUAUAAGCAACAUAGAACAGAAAUGGGGCUGCCUGGGACAAAUUAAAAAAUAUAUAUUAAAUUACUAGUCCAGGCGCCACAGUUAAAUUUCUAGGCACCAUGGCUCCCUAGCACCUGGGAUUUGUCAAGCCCUGUGUAUUUGGCGUCGUUGCUUUUAUGCAUUAAAAAAAUUUCCCUCUUUGUCCUAAUGUAAUGCAAGUCUGUAAUAUUGUAAUUUCAGUGGCACAAUUGUUAAAUGACAAUAUCUAUGCAGAUUAAAUAUGAAUGGCUAAUGUUAAUAUCAUUAUAAAAAUAUAGCGAGCUUAUACUGUGAGUAUUUCCUAGAUUAUUGGAUUUAAGCACCAAUUAUCCCUGCACUGAAGUGGAAUUUUAAAGUGGAUCUGAAGGACAGAUAUUGAGAGAUAUGUAAUGUUGGUGAAUGUAACACUAGUUUAUCUGUUCCCCGGUUUCUUUUUAUUAAACACCUUCUUAAGAUGAAA